AAAAUAUUCAGUAAAUCAAUAAAUUUUUACAUUUAACUAUCAAACAAAAAACAAUUAUUUCAACAAAAAUGAAGCAAUUCCUCGUGAUUCUUGCACUUGUUUCUGUGGCACUUUGCUGUGAAUAUAAGUGUUCAUUUUCUAAAAGAGCUGUUGCCGAUCCAAACUUCAGAGCAGUUGCAAACGGAUGUGGCCCAAAAAUCAUUGGUGUUCCAGAUAAGUGGAUUCCUAAUUCUGGAUUUAUGACAUGCUGCAACAGCCAUGAUUUUUGCUACGCAAGAUGCAACAGCAAUAAGGUAUCAUGUGACAACAGUUUCAGAACAUGUAUGAGAAAUACUUGUUCGAAUAAAGCAUGUAGAGACAGGGCUAAUACAUUCUUUAAUGCUGUCAAAAAUCUGGGAUGUACAUUUUACUUAAUUGGUCAACAAAAAGCUUGUAAAUGCGUUUAAAUGAUUCCAUACUUAAACUUUAAUUUAAAAUAUUUAACACUGAAUUCAGAAUGUUAAUAAUAUUAAAAUCUAUUCAAUAAAUAAUU